UGCUCACUCAGCCUCCCUUCCUCAGCCACAACAGCAUCAGAGCCACCUGCAGCCUGGACCAUGGACCCCGGGGAUUGCACCUGCAUGUCUGGAGGAAUCUGCAUCUGUGGAGACAACUGCAAAUGUACAACUUGCAGCUGCAAAACAUGUCGCAAAAGUUGCUGUCCCUGCUGUCCCCCAGGCUGUGCCAAGUGUGCCCGGGGCUGCAUCUGCAAAGGGGGCUCGGACAAGUGCAGCUGUUGUGCCUGAGAUCCAUCCUUUUGAGCUGGGAGAGAUCCUGGAAGCGUCUGUACAGUGCAUGAGUCCAGAGGUUGAAAUGAUUGUACCAUAAGUUGUGCUUUUUAUAUAUUUGCCCAAAUGUGUUGUUGGUGACAUUCAUGUAAAGUGGUUGGAGCAAUAAAGUUUUCACUCGUGGUCG